AGAAAGCAGGUUUUAUCUCUAGAGAGAGAUAAGAGAGUUGAUAUCUUCUCUCAAAUGUAGUGAGAGGAAAAUGGCCAACCUGUGUGGGCCAGAGUUAUGUUUCCCUGUAUAUGUUGCCUUCUGUGUUCUUUUAUCCCCUGCCCUUGCAGAUUGAGACUCUGCUCUCCAUGCCAUGUUCCAUGGUGAUACUGGGAUCUUAAGUUCUAGAUCUCUCAGCAAAUACCACCCAAGUCAAAUUGUAUCUAAUUGACCCGGAGUCCCAUCCUCCUACAGGGAAAGGAAGUGCCCCAAAUGCAAAUAGUUUAAAUGGCAGCAGGAUAGGUUCACCUGGGGUUCAGCUCCAGCCAGUAAAGCCUCAGCUCAACUCUGAAUCUUGGGAGCUGUACCUGUUAAGGAGAAAGGUACACUGGGGAGAAAUUAGGAGAUGAAAUUAGGAAAUUAGGAAAAAUAUCUUUUGGCAUUUUUCCAAAUGAAUGCUGUUACUAAAACCUUUGCAUACCUUUCACUUGAUCUCUAAUGCUUAUUCCUAUUUUAACCUGUUCCUCUACACACAUCAUUUUAACCUUCAUUAUGAUUAUUUUCUCCCUUCACCUCUUUGCAUUACAAUUGUUGAAAAAAUCCUUCUACUCUUGAUCUCAAGUCACAUGGUUCCAUUUUUCAAUUCCAACUUAACUGCUACCAACUUCCCUGACCUUGAUCCCUUAUACCUGAGGCAGCAGAACAUUUUUCUGUGUUGAAGCCAGUAAAAAACUAUCUAAAGGUUACUACAUGCAGUAGAGAAAUAAAAAAUAUUCAAAUGUCUCAUUUUAAAAAAAUGAGUAUGGAAAACAAAAAUGUAUUUCAUUUUACAUACUCAUUGGAAAAUCACAGACACCCAAAUGGAAUUAUAUAGUACAUGUUGUUUGCCAAUUGUUUUCCAAACAAUUAAGUAGUUUCCUAAUAUCCUCUAAUAUAGCAAUGACCAGUUAUUGCAGUAACAGUAUCAUUAGGAACUCAUGAAUUUAAAAAUAUCCUUGUUGAAGCUCAUGUUGUCUCAUCUAUGGCCAGAAAGAAUCUCUUCAGUUUGGCGCCUAAAUCUUUAUGUCUGAGCCUAAUAGUCUUUGAAAUCUUUCCUGCUCCCUGGUUUGACAACAUAUACCAGGCCCAUCUUAUAAUUGUUCUUCCUCAGUUCUGGAGUCAGCAUUUCACCAAGGAGCCCUGAUCUGUUGAGUGGAAAAUGGUAUUUGAAGACCAAAAAUAGGGCAUUAGAAAUACUCAUUGCUUAGUUGGUCGUUGUUCCUAGGUCUCAGUGGUCGGAACUAGGGAAAAAACUUACCAUGGGUUCCCGUGGAUGGUUCCAAUUCAAAUUCAGUACUACAUAGUCUUUACUUUUAUCUUGUCUCUGUCUCCUUUUGGAGAAUUCUCAAAGACACCAGGAAUGAUAGAAUAUCAAGUGAUUAUUCUUUUGUUUUAUCUCACGGUAUAUAAACAAUAGCCUCAGAACAAUAAUCUCAGCAUGGCCAUUAACAAUACGCUUAUCAGAGGCGGCCCUGGAGGCUCAUUAGCAGUGGCUCAGGAUCUUACAGAGGAUGAGGAAACGGUGGAAGAUUCAAUAAUUGAAGAUGAAGAUGAUGAAGCUGAGGUAGAAGAAGAUGAAUCCACAGAUUUGGCAGAAGAUAAAGAGGAAGAGGAUGUAUCUGGUGAACCUGAAGCAUCACCAAGUGCAGAUACAACUAUACUCUUUGUAAAAGGAGAAGAUUUUCCAGCAAAUAACAUUGUGAAGUUCCUGGUAGGCUUUACAAACAAGGGUACAGAAGACUUUAUUGUUGAAUCCCUGGAUGCCUCAUUCCGUUAUCCUCAGGACUACCAGUUUUAUAUCCAGAAUUUCACAGCUCUUCCUGUGAACACCAUAGUGCCACCCCAGAGACAGGCAACUUUUGAGUACUCCUUCAUUCCUGCAGAGCCCAUGGGAGGGCGACCUUUUGGUCUAGUCAUCAAUCUGAACUACAAAGAUUUGAAUGGUAAUGUAUUCCAAGAUGCUGUCUUCAAUCAGACAGUUACAAUUAUUGAAAGAGAGGAUGGGUUAGAUGGAGAAACAAUUUUUAUGUAUAUGUUCCUUGCCGGUCUUGGGCUACUCGUUGUUGUUGGCCUUCAUCAACUCCUGGAAUCUAGAAAGCGCAAAAGACCCAUACAGAAAGUAGAAAUGGGUACAUCAAGUCAGAAUGAUGUUGAUAUGAGUUGGAUUCCUCAGGAAACGAAUCAGAUCAAUAAAGCUUCACCAAGAAGGCUGCCCCGGAAACAGGCACAGAAGAGAUCAGUGGGAUCUGAUGAGUAAAUGUUCCUUUGUGCAACAAUUCAGUCUUUACUUAACCUGCCCUUUGUUUUUCGGCCUGGUGGGAAUUAACACAGAGAAGCCAUAUCACCAUAGAAGGCAACUCCUGUUUAUGUGUGGACUGAGCAAUCAGAGUCUGUGGCGAUAAUAUUGCUGAAAAUGCACUGCAUUCGUUUUUCUAAAGUAACAAAUUUGGUUUUUUAUAAACCAAACUUAAAAUCUAUGUGUGUGCGUGUGUAUGUAUGUGAGCAGUUGGUCUUACCAGAAUCGUUGUUGAACUACCUGAAGCGUGCCUUUAGAAUACUAAAUAUAGUGUAAUUGUCUCUUCCUUACUGACAUUUUAAAAUAUUUUCCUCCCAAAAUUCAACGAAUAUUUUCCCAGUGGGUGUCUUGCCUUGGCUGUUUUAAAGGAAACAAUUUGAUUCUUUCUUAGAAUAAUUCAGAUCCCCAUUGACGACGCAGAUUAGCAUUCUCUUGUUAUUGUUGCAUUGCUGUUUUACAGCUAGUAGUCUAAAGGCACAAGCAGGAGUAGCAGCUUGUUAGCAAUAGCAUUGUUUUGAUAUUUUGCUGCUCUUUGCUAUAAUGCGCACAUUCAGGAAACUUCCCAGAUGGGUUCAAGGAAUCUUGGGACCUCUCUAACAACAAAAUUGUGAAAUGUGAAAAUUUCGCUGACUUUGAUACGUAAAAUCCCACCCCAGCCCUUUUUAAAUGAAAAGUAAAAAUAAUACACUUGUGCCAACUGAGUUAUUCCCAGGGGCUAGCUCUGGAAUGAUUUUAGAUAUACUCAGUGAUUUUUUUCAAAGAGAAUUUCUUUCUUUAAUAGAAGCAUCCUUGCUUUAAAAAAAAAAAAAUGGCCUUGGUCUACAGACUUAGCAGGUCAAAUUAUAGGUGCAGAGAUAAUGUUCCACCUAAUCCUAAUAUAUGUGUAAAAGAAACGAGUUUGGGUAUUUUUUUAGUCAAUUGUUUUUAUCUAAUCUUUUGAGGAUUUGGGUUGACAUGGUCCCUUUUAAUUAAUUUGGAAAAUUUCAAAAAUUUAAGCACUUAAGAUUCUCAGAACCAAAACUUAAUAGAACUUCAUAAAAUCCUUUUAGAGAAUUACUCUUGCUCUAGCUAGUAAAUCAAAGUUUGACAUUAUUGUCAGACUGAAUAAAGAGUAAAGCUAAAUAGUUACAUAAACAGAUAAGAAUCUCUUCCUCCUCUAUCUUUAAGCCUUGUUCUAGUGCAUAAUGUAAACUAAUGGUAAAUGAAAUUUUAGUGGCUGUUUAAUAUUGUACCUGUCUUCAUUCUCUUCCUCUUCAUUGUAAUCCUCUCCCAUACCCAGGCCCAUAGGAUAAAAAAAAAAAAAAAAAAAAAAAAGAAUAAUCUUUCCAAGCUGUUUAAGUAUUUAA